UCCGGCUUCCCAGAUCCGGCAGGAGAUGAUGCAUCCCCUCUGGGCUGCUCUGGCCCUCACCUGCCUGCAGCUCUGCCCAGCUGCCGACAUCAAGCCUCAGAUCGCCAGUUUGGCAUUUGCCACCAACAACCCUACCCUCACGACGAUCGCCCUGGAGAAGCCCUUCUGCAUGUUCGAGGGCGCCGCCUCUGCCACGUUGCCCUCCAAGAUCUACCUCUACGUCAUGAUGGACUCCGUGGAAGCCCGGGUGGCACCAGUGCUGGACAACGGGAGCCAUCCUCUCCGGACGACGGUCCAGCAGGCCGCGGGCGGCCGCCGGGGCCCAUACUGGGCCGCAGCCUUCAGCGCGGCCCGGUGCGAGGACCUCCCCCGGCUGCAGGACGCCGGGGACCCUGCCAGGGCCCCCCAGAUUCUGGACGCCUACCUCUUCCGCGUCGGCGGCAACACCACCUGUAUGUGGGACCCCAACUACGCCGGGGUGUGCAACCCUCCCCUGGCCAAGAAGACCGGGUACAGGUUCAAAUAUGUGUUGGUGAACACAACAAGCAAUUCGGCUGAGGAUCAGUCCCUCUGGUCGGACCCCAUCAGGACAAAGCGCGCCCUGCCGUGGUCGCACUUGGACACCUGGCCAGGAAGGAGGAGCGGGAGCAUGAUAGUCAUCACAUCCAUCCUGAGCUCUCUGGCGUUCGUCCUGCUGGUCGGCCUGGCCGCCGCCAUCACCUACCGUAUCCUGGCCUCGGACGGUUCGGAGGUGGAGACAAGACACGCGUCUCAAGUGACCCAGGAGGCGGCCUCUGGAGCCCCUUACUCAUCCGCGAGUCGGGGGGUGGCACCGGAGAGGGCCGAGGCCUACGCCGGCAACCUCCCCUGCUGACGCGCAAGAAGGGACGGGGACUUCUCUCCCGCAGCCGAGGAGACGGUUCGCAGGGUCCACAGAUGGAUCCAGCAGGAAGCAAGC